UAAAAACUAUUGUCACUGGCGAGCGGUACUUUAUUUUGAGGACCUAUGUUUUUGUCUAUGAUUACUUUUUUUAUCACCCGCCGUCGUCCUUCUGUCAAAAAGCCGUUUGCUCUUUAUUGAUGGGUGUCGUAUUUCUGUAAUUAAUUUCCAAAUUAAUCACCUUCAUUCAUAUUUCGACAUCCUUCCCGUCAAUUGAAAAUGGUUUAGCCAGGGCCGUGUCAAAAAAAGCUCAAGUAUCUGACCGUAUUUAGUGUAAACAAAUCCAAAAUGUCCGUUCCAAGCACUGGAUUGAGCAAGUUGAAAAAGAAACACAUUCGUGUGAAACAUCAAAAAGUCAAAUUGUUUCGUGCAAAUGAGCCCCUUCUAUCGGUGUUUAUGUGGGGCGUGAACCACACGAUAAAUGAACUGAGCCAUGUGUCGAUACCGGUCAUGCUGCUGCCAGAUGACUUCAGAGCUUACUCCAAGCUCAAAGUCGACAAUCACUUGUUUAACAAAGAGAACAUGCCAUCUCAUUUCAAAGUGAAGGAAUACUGUCCACUAGUGUUCAGGAACCUUCGGGAAAGGUUCGGUAUUGAUGACCUUGACUACAAAGAGUCGCUCACGAGGUCACAGCCGAUUCCGGACGAUUCGUCCGGGAAAUCCGGAGCCAAGUUCUAUCAGAGCUACGACCGGCUGUUUAUUCUCAAGACCCUAACUUCAGAGGAGGUGGAGAGGAUGCACUCCUUCCUUAAACAUUACCAUCCGUAUAUUGUGGAGCGGCAUGGCAAAACGCUCCUGCCACAGUACCUCGGCAUGUACCGGCUCACAGUCGAUGGGAUCGAGCACUACCUCGUCGCCACGAGGAACGUGUUCUCCAACCAUCUCAACAUACACAGAAAAUACGAUCUCAAAGGCUCGACAGUGGACCGCGAGGCGUCCGAAAAGGAGUUGGAAAAGGAACUUCCAACUCUUAAAGACAACGAUUUCAUAAAACAGGGUGUGCGUAUCGACAUAGGAGAUGCCGCGAAGGACAAACUUCUUGAAACGCUCACGGCAGAUGUCGAGUUUCUAACGAAGCUCCACCUGAUGGACUACUCCCUCCUCCUUGGGAUGCACGAGUGCGGUCGCGGCGAGGCCGAGGCGGAGGCCGCGCAGCAGGCCGAGCAGGACUCCGAGCCCGAGUCCGAGACGGACUCCGACACCGACAACAGGCACGGGGACAGAUGGGGCUUCACGACGCCACCGGAUAGCCCUCGCGGGGCCGGCCCGGGCGGAGUCGGGCGGCGAGCACUGUAUGCGGGCAUCAUACCCGAGAUCGACAUAUACGCCAUACCCAGCCAGGAGGGUGCACCUAAGAAGGAAAUAUACUUCGUUGCGCUCAUCGAUGUAUUGACGCAUUACGGAGUUAAGAAACAGGCGGCGAAAGCGGCGAAGACUGUGAAGUAUGGCAGCAAUGUGGACGGUAUAUCGACGUGCGACCCCGAGCAGUACGGCAAGCGGUUCAUAGAGUUCGUCGCCAAGGCUAUAGAGGGCAACUGAACAGGUCCCCC